AUUUACUCCCAUCGCGAGGCUCGAUUGCCUCUGUGCAGUGCCCUUCACCGCCUGUCGCGCACGCUGAACUUACCUGACACGGCAGCACCCUAUUGCCAACUUCAGCGUCUGCACCAGCCCGUCCUCCAUCGAGCUUCGUAUCCCGACAUCAAACACCUUCAUCAUCGCCUCCUCCAGCACCGCCACCUUCGCCAAUGACGCAGGUCCGCCCUUGCUCUGUCUGCUUCGUGGGGCGGAGGUGACGGGUGCAACAGGUUAAGGACGCACAGGGUUGGGGUAGGGGAAGGGCGAGGUCUCGCGAUGACGGAUGCAAUGGGCGGAGAAGGGGGCAGAGGUGACGGACGGGAUACGGGAUUCAGAAAUUAGGCACAGUAUCAGACAAAGAAAGAAAAUAUGGCACCUUUGAGGGUGAAGAAAGGCAAAAAAGGAGCUUUUCAAUUUUCGCAUGACAUGCAAGAAAGAGCACACGGUUUGAGGUGGCCGUGGCAGCAUCACCGCUCUCCUUCCGGCCAUUGCUCUCCUUCCAUGAACCGAAUCUUCUCAUUCCUUUCUCCUGUUGAUUUGCCGACCAGGGAGCAGCGUUCGCGUGGAAAUCUUUGCACCAAUCAGCUCGGUAUUCGCCGAGAGUUCUUCCCCCACGGACCGACCGAAGCAGAACCUAAUUGCGAUCUCGGUGGAUUUAGUUAUCCAAAUGAAUGAACUCGGGUCUGAAGCCCACCGGAUUCCUCUCUUCCGGCCGCCCUUCUCGCCUUAUAUAUUUGUCUGCGAACGAAGCGUGCACAUGCGAGAAACCAUGGACGGAUACAUCUCACAAGAGUACGCGGCAGCCCGACGGAAGGAGAAGAUGGCGAAGAAAGCUAAAGAAACGAAACAGUCGGAGGACUCGACGGCGAGAGUCUCGAAGGAGGACGAGAAGAGGAAGACGAUAUUAGCUCAGGAGGCCAUCAAGCAAAAGAAGGCGGUGGACGACGGUGGCUCCGUGGAGGAGGACGCGAUGUGCAGCUGCUGCUCGGAGGAAUCUGUGGUGUGAGAGUGCGCUGCGGCGAGAUGGUGAUACUGUAGAAACAUAGUUGUGCACUGCAUGGCGAAUCUUUGUGCUUCUCAUGACGUACAAUUCCAUGCACAAGCAAAUAAACAACGAUAUGAAUAUAAAUAAGCACUGAGGAUGCAUAUAUAAGAAUUUUCUUGCGUCUUAAAACAAUUCAUUAAUUUUAGAGCAUUAAUUCGAGCUAUCUAUCACUAAUAAAAUACUUAAAAUUAUGAUUACCUAAGAUUAAUAAUUACUUUUUCUAUUUUAUAGUUUUCUUUUUUUAUGCCUUUUAAAUCAUUUUGUUUGCUGUCUACAUAUAAAGCUGCUGCUUAGACAAACCCUCUCAGGACGCGUGUCGGUCAGCGUGGACCGACGCGGCCGGUGGGCUUCGAAACGCGAGCGGGAGACGUAUAUGAACCGGAGGAGGACGCCGACGAACACCCGUCUGUCUUCCUCCCUCCGAUCGCCCGUCGACGCCGUCUUCUUCUCUCUGGGUUUUGAUCGUUUCUGAAUCGUUUGGGGGAAGAGAGUCAUUUGGUAUUGGGUUCGCGGUGUUCUCUCGUGGAACUCAGUUCACCGCAAUGGUCGAUGCCAUGGGCACCGGCACGUUCCUCAUCGCUCACCACCUGCUCUACCAAAGGCCCCCUUCCGAAGAUGUGAGCUUUAAGCGGCGGCAGCUCGCCUCGUGCCGGCUGCCCGUCCCCAGCCGGCUCAUGGAUUCGACUGUCAAGUUGCUGGCGAAGGAAAAGAACCCUUCCAGGCAGAGGAUAUCCGGCGAUCUCGCUUACACAACCGAUUCCACCGGCCUGAGUCCUGGUAGGACGUGGCCUCCCGUGAACAAGGCCGACGACCCGAUGAUCCACAACCCGCUGCUCCGUCAAGAAAGGAUGGGCUGUGGUUGGCUCGCCGUGAUCUUCGAAUGGGAAGGGGUGAUCGUCGAAGACGACGACCCUGAGUUGGAGCACCGGGCCUGGGUGGCGUUGUCCCAAGAAGAAGGGAAGUCGCCGCCCCUGGCCUUCGUUCUGAGGAGAAUAGCAGGAAUGAAGAGCGAGCAAGCCAUCUCCGAGGUUCUUUGCUGGUCACGAAACCCUACGGAGAUCAGGAGAUUGGCCUCUCGGAAGGAGGACAUACGCCAAAGCUUUAAGAAUGGCGGUCUCUGUCAUCUCCGAUUCGGGUCGCGGGAGUUCAUGACUACCCUUGCGAACCACAAGAUUCCACUGGCUGUGGCGUCCACGCGACGUAGGAAGGCUCUUCAGGGCGAAAUCGAGGCUGUCGGUGCGCAGAGCUUCUUCGAGGUGGUCGUGGCAGCAGAGGAAGUGCACAGGGGGAAACCUGAUCCGGAGAUGUUCAUCCACGCCGCCCGGCUUCUGGGUUUUUUGCCGGAGCGGUGCAUCGUGUUUGGGAACUCGAUAUCAACGGUGGAGGCAGCGCAUGAAGCCGGUAUGAAGUGCGUCGCAGUCGCAAGUAAGCAGCCGGUGUACGAGCUCCGCGCAGCCGACCUUGUGGUGAGGCGCCUUGAUGAGCUAUCGGUCGUCGACCUGAAGAAACUUGCAGACGUCGAGUCUCCCGAGUUGGAACCAGGAGAGGACCGGGGCGGAAGCCAAAGAUGAGGAGGGCCGACCCCAUCUUCGUCGUCGUUUUGGUGCGCACCGACGAUCUUCUAUACCUUCUGAUUGCACAGUAUGUUCAGUAAUGUUCAUUUCAAGGCCACAAUACUGUCGUUCGAUA